AUGCAUAUCACAACUUUUGCACUUAGCGCUUUUAUUCUUCUGUUCGCCAUCGCUCUACCCACCACUACGGGUAAACGACGUUUAAGCUCAUCAGACAAUCUAACUGAGCAACGCGCGCUUCUUGGUGGUCGCCAACAGCCAAUAGUGUAUCCUCAAACUCAAUGCAUUUGUUCACCUGGACCGCCGGGUCCAAUCGGACCACCAGGGCAGGCGGGAUUGCAAGGUAAUCGUGGUGACAAGGGAGACGAAGGCUCUCCGGGACCGGUGGGACCGCAGGGACCAACUGGACAACGUGGCUUGCCCGGUAGACCAGGUAUUCCCGGUCCGAUUGGACCACCUGGUCGUCGCGGCAGACGUGGUUUCCCUGGUGAACGUGGACCUGCCGGACCAACUGGUCCAACGGGACCAAUAGGACCAACUGGACCUGCUGCAGCAGCCGGUUAGUCGUUGCUUGGAUAUACGUAUGCUCGCAGCUUUGCCGGAUCAUGAGAUACAUUUAAGCGAAGAGGACAAGGAUAUUGAUGAUAAUGAAGAGGAAGAGUAUUUCGAUGAGAGAAAUCGAAAGUGAAAAUUUUUGGAAUAACAUGAAAACGAAAUUAUAUGAAUAAAAUAUUUUGAG